GACUACCUGCCGCCAUAACAACGACCAAUUUGAAGCUAAUGCUAUGUGCUUCCUCGCCUGUUUUUCGGCGUGUAAAAAUGUCCUGUUUUGCUGCGUGUGGCUGCUCCACUCAUAGGAAUUGUGGAAAUAUUUGGAAAUGCAACCCGGAAAAAGGACAAGGAAGUGAAGGUCCGCCGUCAAACACCGGACAGCCACCAGUUACAGCGACUUGUGGCAGAUUGUCUCGUACCGUGGGAGGAGUGGCCGCUACCGAGUUGUGUUGCCACCUGACAGGCCAAUAACCAGUGAUGGGCAGUAAGAAGCUACAUGUCGCUAAGGCAUGGCUGCGGAUUGGCUGGGUAGUUUGGUGUCUAUAAACUGUGGCCCAACAUUGGGAGUUUAUCAGGGAGAGGUGUCAUCAGUGGACCAGUCCUGCCAAACAAUAUCCCUCAGACAACCUUUUCACAAUGGAGUCAAGUGUCCGGUUCCAGAAGUUACAUUCAGUGCCAUUGACAUUAAGGAUUUAAAGAUCUUGGAUAUCAGAAAUGGAAAUGCCCAGACCAGCUCAUCAGUGUCCACUAAUUCAAAAACAAAUCCAGUUGCAGUUCCAAAAGGUGACCCUCGAACUGUAGAUGCAGUGAAUUCUCCACAAAGCUUUUCAAAAAGCUAUGGAGACCGCCACCUGGAGGUCCCCAAGGGCUUUAGACGAAGACACAACUCCUGGUCAUCUAGCAGUCGAGGCGCAAACCAAGUCACCCCAAAGAAGAACGGAGUGAAAAACGGCAGCAGUCAGAUGAAACAAAGGGACGACGAGUGUUUUGGCGACGGAAUAGAUGACGGCCUGGACACAGACUUUGAUUUUGAAGGAAACUUGGCCCUUUUCGACAAAGCGGCAGUUUUUUCAGAGAUUGACACGUCAGAGCGUCGCAAUGGGGCUAGAUCGCGUGGGACGCCUCAAGAGCAAACGCCCUCACGGUACCGCCACGAUGAGAACAUUCUGGAGGGCAAACCUGUAGUGUACAGACAGAUCACAGUACCACAGCCAGGGGCCAAAGAAUACUGCACUGACUCUGGACUUGUGGUACCCAGUAUAUCAUACGAUCUGCACAAGCGUCUGCUGUUAGUCGCGGAGCGUCAUGGCCUCACGUUGGAGCGGCGACUUGAAAUGACUGGAGUGUGUGCUAGUCAGAUGGCCCUCACAUUGCUUGGUGGGCCAAACAGGUUCACUCCAAAGAAUUUACACCAACGUCCCACAGUGGCACUGCUGUGUGGCCCACACGUUCAGGGCGCUCAGGGCAUCAGCUGUGGUCGUCACCUGGCAAACCACGAAGUCGAGGUCGUCCUGUUCCUUCCUAACUUUGUCAAGAUGGUGGACCCAGUCACCUGCGAGCUCACUCUCUUCAAUAAGACUGGGGGGAAACAAGUGUCAAAUAUCAAAGACCUGCCGGACACGCCGGUGGAUCUAAUCAUCGACUGCCUUGACUGCCACGAGAACACAUUCCUGAUGGAUCAGCCUUGGUACAGAGCCGCUGCCGAUUGGGCUAACCAGAACCGUGCACCAGUACUCAGCUUAGAUCCUCCUGUUAGUGGACAAGGACAGGCAGUGGAGGCCAAAUGGUCCCUCUCCCUUUGCCUGCCCCUUCCUUUAGGAGAGGGGGCUGGUAGUGUCUACCUGUGUGACAUAGGUAUCCCCCGUCAGGUCUUUCAGGAAGUGGGAAUCAAAUACCAUUCCCCUUUUGGGUGCAAAUUUGUCAUCCCUCUGCACUCAGCAUAAUUGGACUGAUCAUUGAACAUUUUACCGUCCCAGACUGUGUCAAAGCCUUAUAUUUUUGAGCUUCAAGUGUUUCGCAGUCCAUCCAUAAAGUAAGUUACUGACAUUUCAAGACGUGAA